AUGGGUCGUAGAAAGAUCGAGAUCAAAGCGAUCAAGGAUGAUCGCAACCGCUCAGUGACGUUCCUCAAGCGAAAGGGUGGUCUGUUCAAGAAGGCUCACGAGUUGGCCGUUCUUUGUUCAGUUGAUGUCGCCGUCAUCAUCUUUGGCCAUAACAAGAAGCUCUACGAGUAUUCCUCGUGUGACAUGCAUGAGGCUCUCGGUCGCUAUCAAUAUUUCGGCCCGCCGCAUGAGCACAAAGGUCCCGAUGACUUCGCCGGCAAGCGCGAUGACGAUGACGAUGAAGAUGAGACAACCCCAGCGCCCGAAGAGAUGCAAGCCCAACAGACUCACCCCGCCGUCCCGCCUCAUCUUCAACAGCCCGGUUUCCAGCACGUCAAUCAUGCUCCUUCCGCGUCUCCCCCGAUUGCGCACAAUGGUCUUCCGAUCUCGCGACACGGUACGCCGCAGUCGCAGAUGUCUCGUCCCUCAUCUAGGAAUCAUGUUCGUCGCGUCAGCUCAAACCUCGGACCGCAUGGUCAUGGAACACCCCCGCCUCCGGCAUCCCAAAACGGAUAUUAUAUGGCCAACCCCUCGAUGUAUAACCCGAAUGUUCACAAUGCAAUGAAUCAGCCUCGCCCCGGUCCAUAUGCACAAUACGGUCACCCUCCACCCGGUCCACACGGAACUCCACCACAAAUGCACCACCACCAACAUGUACCCGGCCAACCAAUCCAUCAUCCGCAAGCUCCUCAGCACUUCCAACAUGCGCAGGUAGUCGCACAGCAACAGAUGGGAAUGCCACCGGGAUCACAUGCAGCGGUCCAGCAGGUGUCGCAGCCUUACAUAUCAGAGCCCGGUCGAGGAUCUAUGCCUCCGGCCUUUGCCCCGGAGCCUCAACAGGAACGCACAGUACCAGUCCCUGAAACUUCACAAGAUAAUGCAGCGGGUGCGAUGAAGACAGAACAUAGCCAGUCGCCACCGCAGCCCAAAUCCUUGUCCAAGUCCCAGUCUCGUAGUAUCUUUACUCCCAUCGAUGACCGUGGAUCUGUUCUUGCUCGCCAAUUUGGGUUUUACGAUUCUCCGCAAGGGCAGGGGGGCCAUAUGUUGAAACCCGAGCCUCCACAUGAUCACUUGCCUGAGACCAGGACUGCUCUUAAGAAAAGUGCAGCCUCGGAGCCCCCGCGUCCGCAGUCGAUAUCAUCAGCUGCCGAGAUCAAACCACCAUCGCGGAUCAACAGCGGCCCACUUACAUCCAAGCGGCCACAGUUAAAGGUCCAGAUUCCAAGCGAGAAUUCUGACCGGGGCAGUGCAACAGGUGAAUCAUCCUCACGCGACUCGGCGGGCAACAAAACCGUGACGCCGGCCAAGGAUAAUCCCCCUGCGGGAGUGGUCCUACCUCCACCGUCCCCUUCGGCAGGAGCGAUUCUCAGUGCCGGUGCCCAAGGUCCGCCAAAUCCCUUUGCCCGUCCUCCUCCGCCAGGCGCCACCGGCCAAAGCAACUACGGCAACAAUGGUAACAAUGCCGGCAAUAGCGGCAGCAACUCGACCAACAUUGAAACUCCGAUCUCCGCGCUUCCCAGCCGCUUCGUUUCAGAUGCCCUCCUUCCAUCCCCCUCCAGUUUCUUCCCCGAGUGGGGCUUUGGCCGUUCCGGCCCAGACUCGAACUUAUUGCCGAGUCCGCUCACCUUCCCGACGCCGGCGGUCCCAAGUGGGCCGGGGUUUUCACGGGAAGAUGAGCAUGACAAGAAACGCAAGGAUCCAGACAGUGGGCCCCCUGCGGAAGGAGCAAGCAAGAAACCGAAGACCUAG